AUGACCUCACGAAUCGCAAUCCUCCUCGGCGCAGGCGCAAACAUCGGUGCUGCCACUAUUCAAACAUUCAAAUCGAACGGCUACAAGGUCGCAUACGCCUCAAGAUCCGUUUCCAACUCCAAAGCUUCAGACAACGACCCAGCCAUACAGUGCGACUUGGCCAAGCCUACCUCCGUGUCGAGUCUGUUCGAAACCGUCCGCAAGACAUGGGGCGAGCCUAGUGUGGUCAUUUAUAACGCUUACUCGCACCACAACACUAAACCCGAAGACUCCCUCGACGUCACCACCGAGGACUUCGCGCACGACCUGGCGGUCAACACAACAAGUGCGUUCGUCGCAGCGAGGGAGGCCUUGGCCAGCUUCCAGAAACUCGAUGGUCCCCGGACCUUUAUCUUCACUGGCAACAUGCUGAAUGAAGGCCCUUACCCAUCGCUCAUGACUCUGGGGGUGGGCAAAGCCGCGAGUGCGCAUUUCGUGGAGUUGGCGGAUCAGUUGUAUAAGAGCCAGAAUAUGAGGUUCCACUUUGUUGAUGAGAGGACCUCUGAGGGCAAGGGCAUGUUUACGGGUCUGGGAGGACAGUCGCACGCGGACUUAUUCUUGAGCCUUGCGGAGAGGACGACGAAGGAAGAGAUUCCGUGGCAGGCGACGUUUGUGACUGGCAAGGGGUACACUGCUUUUCCUCACCACCUCAUUUUGUAA